AAUUUAACUGUGUAUACUGGGAUUACUUUAAGGGCACCCUACCCUAAUAAUAUGAAUCUGGGUCUCCAAUUUGUGCAGUGGGAAGAUUAAUACAUUUAUUUGAAAUCAGUGUGGCAGCAGCACAACUGUGAAAAGCUUUUCAGACACAGACUUACCCUUCAUACAUGCUAAAAUUCACAUUUCAGAUCUGUUCACUUUAUUAUAUAUGACUAUUAAUGACUGUAUUGCACUUUUACGCUGUUUAUUUGGGUUAUUAAGAAUAUGUGUUGGUGGUCUGACAAUAUACUGACGCUCUAGGGACAAGAAGUAUUUAGUAAUUAUUGCCCACGGAAGGCCAGCUGGGGUCUAAGAACUAUAUCCUGUAACGUGCUCCCUGCUUUAAAAAGGGUGAGGCUGAGGCGCUUGUAGGUUCAUCACAGGAAACAUGCACAGAACGCUUCCCUGCACCUUCUCAGCAGUGACUGUCACUAGGAAGGAAGGCAACAGUUAAACACACAACCCUAGUAAUAGCCAAUGGGAUUGCAAGUAGCAAGGAGGGCGUUGCAGGAAAAGACAUACCCUGCACAUUAGUUGACAGCAGCUGGCUCCUCCCCCUGCCAGUAUGAAGAGCCUGUGAUGAUGGCAGAGGAAGGCUAGCACGGAGCCAACGCUGCACCAUCCCCUCUUUCAUUCCGGGAGCUGCUCCCAAGCUUCCUACAGACACGUACACUCCUAUUUUUGGCAGCCGGUUUAUCCGGGUUUUUUUCAUUUCAUCCUUUCCGACAUUGCAUUGCAUUUUCCUGAGACAAAAGGGGAGGGGGCAGCGUGUCUGGUGGAUCCUGGCAUGAGCUGGGCAUGGAGGGCUGAGUUGGGGAUGUGGCCCCUCCAUCCUGAGAGGUGAGGGGGCAUAGGAAGAGCAUUUGUAUUGCUGCUGUUAUUAUUAAGACUUGUGGUCCCCUGGAGGCGCUGGCUUCCUUUCUGUAUAGAACACGAAGCUGCAGCACCCAGCUCCCUUCUGCCCCCAGCCAGGGCUCAGCUCAGCUAUGCUGCCCGGGGUAGGGGUGUUUGGCACAAGCCUGACAUCAAGGGUGAUUAUCCCCCUGCUGAAGGACGAGGGAUUCUCGGUGAAGGCGCUAUGGGGAAGGACACAGGAGGAGGCAGAGGAGCUGGCGAAGGAGAUGAGCGUCCCUUUCUACACCAACCGCAUCGACGAUGUUUUGUUGCACCAAGACGUGGAUCUGGUGUGCAUCAACCUGCCGCCACCGCUCACCAAGCAGAUUGCUGUCAAAACCCUGGAAGGUCAGGAGACAGAGGACAGAAACGAGAAUGGCAGUACAGGUAUUGGGAAAAAUGUAAUUUGUGACCGAACAGCUACCCCCUUGGAUGCUUUUAGAAUGAUGUCAGCUGCACAUUAUUACCCCAAGCUAAUGAGCAUCAUGGGAAAUGUCUUGCGGUUUCUUCCAGCUUUUGUAAAGAUGAAGCAGCUAAUACAGGAAGGAUAUGUAGGUGAGCUUCAAGUGUGUGAGGUUCAGGUCCACAGUGGAAGUCUUCUGGGAAAGAAGUACAACUGGAGCUGUGAUGAUCUCAUGGGUGGAGGUGGUCUACACUCCGUGGGGAGCUACAUCAUUGACUUGCUGACUUUCUUAACCAGCCAGAAAGCUGUGAAGGUUCACGGCCUCUUGAAGACCUUUGUGAAGCAGACAGAUCAUAUAAAAGGGAUACGUCAGAUUACCAGUGACGAUUUUUGUACAUUUCAAAUGGUGCUAGAGGGAGGGGUGUGCUGCACUGUUACCCUUAACUUUAAUGUCCCAGGUGAGUUUAAGCAAGAUGUCAUUGUUGUAGGCUCAGCUGGCCGACUUAUUGUAACAGGGAUUGACCUUUAUGGACAAAGAAACAGCUCCUCCGAUCGUGAAUUGCUUUUAAAAGACUCAACCCCUGUCAGCAACUCUCUUUUACCUGAAAAGGCAUUUAGUGACAUUCCAUCCCCAUACCUUCGAGGAACUAUUAAAAUGGUGCAGGCUGUGCGCCAAGCGUUUCAAGACCAGGACGACAGGAGAACAUGGGAUGGUAGGCCGCUGACCAUGGCUGCCACAUUUGAUGACUGUCUUUAUGCUUUGUGCGUAGUUGACACCAUUAAGAAAUCUAACCAGACUGGUGAAUGGCAAAAUAUCGUGAUUAUGACUGAAGAACCUGAAUUGAGUCCUGCAUAUUUAAUUAGUGAAGCAAUGCGCAGAAGCAGAAUGUCUUUGUAUUGUUAGCUUAGAAAUCACUCAAACUUAGAAUAUCAAUUAUGAGACUCUUAAAACAAAGUUGCGCCAGGGUGAAUGAUGCAGCUUUAUCACACAAUGCAUUUAUCUUGCAUUCAUUGCUGUUUCCAGAAAAAAAGCAAAUCCUUCUCUGUCCAUAUCAGAAACUGUGAACUUGUAUGAGAAUGUAUUUUAUGGUUUGGUUGGUUCUAAGAAAAGAAAAAAGAUGUUAUUUUGCCUCAUGUAUUUAAUAACAAACGGGUUAUCACUGAAGAUGUCUACAUUUCUAUGGAGGAUGCUUGUAUAGGAACUUUGCAUAUUGUGAAUGUUACAUCCACUGGAUUGUAUUAUGAAAUCUGUACUGAAUAUGUAGCUGAGAUGUUGUAGUGUUGGGCUUCAGUAUCCUACCCAGAAACUCAUUUCUAAAGGAAAUAUUUCAUUCUAAAGGGGAAACCAGGGAUCUUAAUGCCCAAUAUGCUUAGGUGGUGUCCAUUCUGCGCACACACAUCCUGCGCUUAUAAACUCUGCCAUACGCACGAUAAAUACAAGUAACAAAGUUUAGACUCAGAGCCAUGGAAUUAUGUUUUGUGACAUGGAGAAUGCAUUAAAGUGACAGAAUUUC